GAGGUGCGCCCCGCAAAAGUCUGCAUGUACGACGACGCCGUCACGUGGGACCCGGGGCAAACGUGGACCACCGAGAUCCGGGGGCCGGUCCGCGCGAUUGCCGCAAGCGAGCCGAUCUUCAACGACAAGCACGCCCAGCGCCUCAAGCAUCUCAAGGGUGCCGCCGUCAAGAUCCGGCUGCCGAAGCUGGCGCCCUAUCAAAUGCGACGCAGCGGCGCUUCGCGGGACCGCCUCCGCCCGAAGCGGGCCCCAGGCGAGAUCCAGAAGCGCGGGAAGUAG